AUGCCGUCGCAGACUGAUCUAGAGCGAUUCGAUGGCAUGCUAUUAGCAGUUGCACAGCAAUGUGAAGGUGGUGUUCAAGAGUUACUGGAUGUCUUCUUUGGUUUCCUUGCACGGAAGACAGAUUUUUAUUCUGGCACUGAUGGAACGCAGGCGGAGAAGUUGGUGAUCUCAAAAUAUAAAGAAUACGAAAAUCUUGUUAAAGAGCGAUUGAAGCAAGAAAAGGAAGAACGUGAAGCUGCUGAAAAGAGAAGACAAGAGAAUCUGGCAAAAAAGAAGGCUGCAGAAGAAAAAGAGAGGCGUGAGGUGGAAGAGGAGCCAAAAAUUAGGGAACUCACAGAUGAGGAAGCUGAAAAACUGGAAAAAGAGUUGCACGAUGAAAAAAUGGCUUCUGCUGUUAAUGAUGAAGUUGAGAAGACACAUGAAGAUAAGUCACCAAGUGAUGAUGAAGAGGAUGAGAAAGACAAAGGAAAGCUAAAACCAAAUGCUGGCAACGGUGCAGACUUGCCAGACUAUAGUUGGACUCAAACCUUGCAAGAAGUGGAGAUUCGGAUUCCAUUUACAGUCAACUUUCCUUUAAAAGGCAAGGACCUUGUUGUUAACAUAGAGAAAAGGAAAUUGUCUGUGGCAUUAAAGGGGCAGCCACCUGUAUUGGACGGUACACUGUAUAAUGAUGUGAAAGUUGACGAAUGUACCUGGUGUAUUCAGGAUCACAAAAUACUGCUGAUUAACUUGGAAAAGGUUAAUAAAAUGGAGUGGUGGAGCCGAGUUCUGACAACAGAACCAGAAAUCAACACAAGAAAGGUGAAACCUGAAAAUUCCAAGCUGUCAGAUCUAGAUGGAGAGACACGCUCAAUGGUAGAGAAGAUGAUGUUUGAUCAAAGGCAGAAAGAAAUGGGACUACCAACUUCUGAUGAGCAGAAAAAGCAGGAUGUUUUGAAAAAGUUUAUGCAACAGCACCCAGAGAUGGACUUCUCAAAAUGCAAGUUUUCCUGA